AGAAAUACUGUGAUUAGUCAUCAAUAAUAUACUCUUUCUCCGUAGAACUGCCGUGGUUAGUCGUCGAUGGCCUGAAAAUUGUCUAGUGGAGCCAAGCCAACACCAAAAAAAUGUGAAAAAAAUGGCAGCAGCCUAACAAAUCCACCAGUGGCCGUCCGUCCUCCGGCCUGCAAGCUCCCCCAACUGGCGAGGGCUCGCCGGACUCCGACGAUGGCCGCGCGGGCGCCACCUCGCCUCCGCGCGUAUCCCCUCGCCCUCUUCUUCCUCCCUGUGGCGCUGCUCGGCGUGCUCGCCGGCGCCGCCCCCAUCCGUGGCGACCUGCGUCGUGUGGUGGAGGUCGAGGGCGAGCCGAGGUCGGUGGUGUGGGCGGUGCAGCUGUCCGACCUCCACCUCAGCGCCUUCCACCCGGAACGCGCGGCCGACUUCCGCCGCCAUGUGGGCGGCGCCCUCGCCAUGGUCAACCCCUCCCUCGUCCUCAUCACCGGGGAUCUCACCGAUGCAAAAAGUAAAGAUUUGUUAUCAUCAAGACAAGAGAAGUCUGAAUGGUUGGAGUAUGAAGAGUUGAUUGACGAAGUUGUUGGCUUAAGUGGGCUGAACAAGGAAAUAUUUUAUGAUUUAAGAGGUAAUCAUGAUUCAUAUGGUGUUCCUGAGGUUGGUGGGAUGUUUGAUUUCUACGAAAAGCACAGUAUUAAUGCAAGAUUAGGACGGACAGGUAAUGUCCAAAGCAUAACAUUACAGAAUAGUGGUUGGAAGCAUCUAUUUGUUGGAUUCGACAGUGCAGCAAGUAUUGGUCUACGAAGCCCUGCAAAUGUAUUCGGGCAACCAACAGAUCAGUUACUUGUUGAAUUAGAUGCAGCCCUUUCACAGUGGGAUAAUUACUCUUCAACUUCUGCAGUAACAAAGGUUACCUUUGGACAUUUUCCUAUGUCCUUUUCAUCAUCAACAACUUCAGGUGGAAGCCUCAGAGAUGUAUUUCUAAAGCAUGCAUUGUCAGCUUACUUAUGUGGGCAUCUUCAUACUAACUUUGGAAGAAACUUGAAGCGUCAUCAUAGAUCUGACAGAAAUCAUCUUUCUGCAAAACAAUAUUACCAAACUAAUAUGCAUGAAGGCACAUCAACAUCCAUAGGCAGUAACAACUGUUCCACGACAACAGAAUCUGUUGCAGAAUUCUGGGAGUGGGAAAUGGGUGAUUGGAGAAGUGCCCGGAGCAUGAGGAUCCUAGCAAUUGAUUCUGGCCAUGUCUCAUAUACUGACAUAGAUUUCAGAUUUGGCUCUAUGGAUGUGAUCAUAGUACCCACCUUUCCAUUGGAUUCUCGAUUUAUGCAAAGACUUUCUACACCUCAUGAUUUGAACUGCCAAGCAAAUAGCACCAGUCAUUUUGGGAUGGUAAGAACACUAGUCUUCUCAAAAUAUAAGAUUAUAGCUGUCUCAGUAAAAAUAUACGAUUCAUUUUCUGGUAGCCAUCAUCUAGUAUUGGAAAAAGACAUGGAAAUGACUAGUGGUGAGGGAGCAAGAGGUGCUAUGUAUACAGUCCCAUGGAACUGGAAAGCAUAUGUAGAUGAAUCGCCAGAUCGGUACUGGCUCCAGAUAGAAGCAAAGGAUUUGACCGGGAAGAUAUAUUAUAGCCAACUGAGGCCAUUUUCUGUGAAUGGUUUAACUGCAAAAGUUAGGUGGACUUGGAAGGAGUUCCGUGUGAUGGGUUGUCAGUGGGGUCAGCUAUAUCAACCAAUUAUGUGGUCUACGCUUGCAUUUCUUUGUUUGCUGAUUCUUAUUCCUCGCACAUUGCUCAUGUUAUAUGAGAACCACAUGUUGAAAUGCCGUAGUUCGAAGACGGCUGCAGGUAGUUCAGGACGCCAUCUGCUGAUCAGUUUUGAAUAUUUUGCUGCUGAGCUGUCAAAGAUGUAUUCUGUAUGGUCUGGGAUGUUGAUAUAUUUGUUAUAUCUGGUCUUCUUCCCAUGGUUUGCUGGCAACGCUGUUACAGAAAAUCACAAUAAAAUGUAUCUUUAUUACAAAGGUUGGAGCACUAGUAAUCUAGCCAAUCUGAGUACAGCAGCGCCAUAUAUUGGUCUGCCUGAUGUGAUGGUUAUUGUUCUUCCUCAUCUUCUAUUUGUGGUUUUGCCUGCGUUUCUCAUUAUAGCAGCCAUAGCAGCAAAUAGGGCAGCAUAUUUGGUCCACAUCUCCCACAAGGCAAAGAAGGAUGAUGAUCACUAUGAGGAAAGAAAAUGCAUACAUCAUGUUUGGAUAUUCCGUUGCUUUAGAAGGUUUCUUAUACUUCUUUGUCUGCCAAUUGCAUGGAGACAUUGGAAGCAUUGUAGGGCUAUCGUUAGGGCAUACGAGGCUAAUCCAUUCAUGGAUGCACCUAUCUACUGCUUCGGUGUUCCACUACUUGUAUGCUUAGCUAUCUACAGGGCCUCAGCUAUAUGAGUAUCUUUUUGGGCCUUAAUAUCUUGGAGUUCACUGCAGUAGUACGUAUAGAAUGUUGUUUUUCUCGAAUACACAGGAGAUCUGCGGACAUAUUAAGAAGAGAGAUAUUUUACGGUA